GCCUCGCCGGACAGACGAGGACCGCCACUGGCCAGCCAUGCUGCUAGCCGCGGCGACUCUGCUGCUCCUGGCGGCAGCAGCGCGCGCAGGUCCGGCAAGUCCGGCAAGUCCGGCAAGUCCGGCAAGUGCUGCAAGCAGCCAGCCAGACCUCGCCUUCCAGUGCUCGGCCGCUUGCCCAGAGAGCAGUGAGGGGUUCUCCUAUGAGCCGGGCGCCACCUACAGCUACGAGUACCGCACGGACACGGUGACGGCUGUCAGCGGCACCGGUGACAGCGGGCAGCAGGAGGCCAGGCUGCAUGUCACUGCCAGGGCUGACGUCACUGUGCUGUCACGCUGCGAGUUCUCGCUACAGGUGAGGGAAGCCCUGCUGGAGGAGUCCAGCAACAACGAGCAGCGGAGGCCGGCCGAGCGCCAGACGGACUUCAGCGACGGAGUCUCGGCGGCCGCGCUGCGCUUCUCCUUCCAGGACGGCCGAGUGGCUCACAUCUGCCCCAGCGCCCUCGACCCCGCCUGGGCCGUGGACUUCAAGCGCGGGCUGCUGUCCGCCUUCCAGAGCUCAGGGCGAGCCCUGCGUGGUCCAGUGGCUGUCACAGAGACGGACGUGGCGGGCUCCUGCGAGACCCGGUACAGUCCUGCCAACACCAGCGGCUCCACAGUCGUCCUGCACAAGCUGAAGAACCUGCGGGCAUGUUCGAGCCGCGUGCAGCACUCGCUGUCCCUGCCCUCGGCGAGCUACAGUGCUCCCGCGCGCUCUCUGCCGCUCGUCAGGAGCGAGCAGAGCUGCGAGCAGACCGUGCAGUCGGGCAGACUGACUCGAGUAUCCUGCGAGGAGUCGCACUUGUUCCAGCCCUUCUCCAGCGGCGACAGUGGCGCGCUCACGCGGGUGUCUCAGACACUGCAGCUGAGUGGCGUGAGCCGCCGACCACUCUCCGAGCCGCCAGUGGAGGCGCCCCUGAGAGCCUCGCUGCUACUGCACCGCGCCACCUGGACCCCCCCGCGCCCCGCGGACCAGCAGGAGGUCGCGGCCGCGCUGGCAGAGCUGGCGAGGCUGACCUCUGAGGGCGUGCAGGCCGCUGCCCCCGCCGCCUUCUCCCGCCUCCUGCAGCUGCUGCGAGCCCUCGAUGGCCCAGGCCUGGCCGAGCUGUUCCGCCUGGCGCCCCGCCCUCCUGCCAGGAAGAUCUUGCUGGACGCGGUGCCUCUCGUGUGGACUGCGGACAGCGCGGUGCUGAUGGUACAUCUGCUCUCCUCCGGGGAGAUCAGCCAGCAGGAAGGAGACAGCUGGCUGCAGUCCCUCGCCUUCCAGGCCAGACCCUCGCUCGAAACUCUGGAAGCUCUGCUGCCGCUGGUCGAGGAGCCGCCCCGGGCCAGGCGCCUGCUCGCCGUGUCCGCGCUGGUGCACGGCUACUGCGCGGCCGACCCCGACUGCCAGGACCGGCGGGCCGUCAGGACCGUGAUGGCGCGGCUGGAGGGCCUGCUGGGGCGGGAGUGCAGCACCGCGACCCGCCAGCAGGAGGACCAGGUGCUGCUCGCGCUCAGGGCCAUCGGCAACGCUGGCGUGGUGGCGUCGUCGCCCGACGUCAUCAGGGCCUGCUACCAGGCCAACCGCUCGACGGAGGUGCGGCUGGCGGCCAUCUCGGCGCACCGGCGCCUGCCGUGCGAGGACAUCGGCACCUCGCACCUGCUGUACGCCUACAGCGACGCAGCGGAGGACACGGAGGUGCGCGUGGCCGCCUACCUGGCCGCCAUGCGCUGCCCCAGCGAGCAGGUCCUGCAGCGCGUCAAGGACGUGUUGUACCGUGAGGACGUGGGUCAAGUUGCCUCUUUCGUGUGGACUCACCUGACCAACCUGCAGGAGACUUCCAGCCCGGGCAAACUCAGCGUCAGGAAACUGGUUGCCAACGACUUCCUGCGCAACAAGUUCUCGACGGACGUCCGAAAGUCCUCGCGUAACUACGAGGCGACUGCGUUCUCCGAGGCCCUGAACCUGGGCGGCACAGCGGAGAGCAACAUAGUGUUCUCCCCGGGGUCCUACCUGCCGCGGUCAGCCAGCCUCAACCUCACCGUCGACCUCUUCGGCGAGGCGGUGAACAUCCUGGAGCUCGGCGGCAGAGCGGAACACUUCGAGGACUACGUGGAGAGCCUCUUCGCACCAGGAGGUCUCUUCCCAGAGCAGACUCUGAGGAGGCACCUGCAGAAACUACGUAGAGACUCCCGAACUCACCAAGACAAGUACGUUCAGAACGAUUCGGACAUGCCUGCAAGGAUACCGAAACCACCAAGUGCUUCAUUAUACACACGGGUGUUUGGGAAUGAACUUAAAUAUUUUCGCUUUAAUGGAUUUGAGGAUAUUAUGGAGGGCCUAGAAACGUUUGCAGAUUAUAAAAAGGUGCUGCUGUCCAAAAUUCUGGAAGAUAAAACGAUUGAUUACUCAAAGUCUUUGGUUUUUAUAGAUGCCUCUUACAUGAUUCCGACGUUGACGGGUUUCCCCCUGGAGUUCACAGUGAACGGCAGCGCCACUAUUGACAUUAAGGUAACCGGACACGUGGACAUAGAGAGUAUGUGGACCAGCGGGAACGUGGACAUUAAAGGUUAUGUGAAGCCAAGUCUAGCGGUGGAGUUCUCGAGCAUGAUGUCUGUGGACGCUUUCGGCAGCACAGCCGGUAUUGCCAGCGUGAGCAGGCUGCACUCCAACACUCUAGUGGACGGCAAGAUGAAACUUCGAGGUCGGAAACUCGUGGAGAUGAAGGUGAAUGUGCCUCGAGACAAGAUGGAAGUUAUGGAAGUGAGCUCGCAGCUGCUGCUGGUGCGUGGGAAUGAGCUGCAUGCAAUAAAAGGCGUGCAGAAGGACAAGAGAGAAAGGAAGUGGUGUACGCCCAGCUCUGUCAACACUGUAACAGGAAUGAAGGUUUGCACAGAGCUGUCCUAUCCCAAUGCCUCUCGGGUUGCUUCGGCGCCAUACUUCCCGCUGACUGGCCCGUUUAUCUUCCGUACUUGGGUGGAGAAGACGGAUACAUUCAACUCGUACGACCUGUCCUACUACAGUUCGCACAGUCAACACGAGGACGUCUAUCAGUUCAGUGCAGACACCCCCGGCUCCAGGGUCGACAGGAGACUGAAAUUCUUGUACUUCCUGAACGCGGAGAACAGGGAAGGAAAACUGAACUUGGCUGUGCCCGGGUUCAAUCUGGAAGCCAGCGGGAGGCUGGAGAACACAGCCAAGAACAAAGGCUUUGACAUCUCUGUUGCACUCAACGACAAAAAACUGGUCGAAACAUCCGGGUCCGUGCAGAUUUACGAAAACGCCAAUUUAAGCCGAUACCAGCCGUCUUUUUCACUGAUAAUCAUGAAUCGCAAGAUACUCGGAAUCAGCGGAAGAGUGCACAAAGUCGGCUGGUCCAAAUUAAAUGCUGAUCUCGUAGCAGAAGGCAUAACUGAAGAGCCGAUACUUAUUUCAGGCGAGGCGAGUCGGGACGCUGACGGGCUGGCGGCAGUGGGCCGCCUCACCUCCAGUCUGCUGGCUGGCUCCCUCCAUGUCCAGCUACACCCCAUGUCCAGCCUCAAGGCGCGGCUGGACUACACGCUCCCCGCCUCGUCACCGCAGUCCCUCGCCGUCUCCGCCAAGCUCGGCGCCUCUGACGGGCCUGUCUCCACUAGGGGCGCGUCCGUCGCCUUGCAGUGGACGGCGCUGCCACGGAGCGACCUCCAGGCCGCGCUGCUGUGGCGGGAGCAGCCAGGCGACCAGCAGCUGACCGCCUCGCUGCGAGUGGGCGACCUGGCCUGGGGAGCGAGCUACUCGGACAGCCUGAAGCUGCUGCCCGGCGGCGCUGAGCGGGCGAGAGUCCUGCACGUCAGCUGCCCCCAGCGACACCUCAACUCCAGCCUGCAGCUCGUGCACCAGCGGGGACAGAGCGGGCAGACGGGCAGCUUGCAGGCUGCACUGACUCCGGAGCUGACACUGGGAGGGCGGUACGCCUGGCUGACACCGCGGCCCGGCGAGCUGGAGGCCAGCGUGGAGGCGACUCUCCCUGGGCGGCAGGCGUCCGUGCGAGGGGCGCUGUUCCGACAGCAGGCCUUGCUGCGCGCGCAGCUGACGCACCUGCAGAGGACGGUGCGGGACCUGCAGCUGCGCGGCGAGGGAGCUCUGCAGUUUGAGGCUGGAGCAGGGCUGCAGUCGGGAGAGGACCACGCCGCACUCUGGGCCCAGCUCAUGGCUGGCGGGCAGAGCUUCCUUGCCAACCUCACCUACGAGAGAGACAGGUCGCAGAAGGUGACUGCAGUGGUGUCCGCGCGGCAGGGCAGGAACUACGGUGGCUCCAUGGAGUGGCUGCUGGAGCCCGAGGACAAGAUUGUCAUGUUGGACCUGCAGCUGGACAAGAAGUACUCGUUCAUGGGGCAGGUGAGGAAUGGGGCGGACCAGAAGGGGGCGGAGGCGGUGGUGGUCUGGGACAAGGACAGCGAUGCCAGCCAGACGGCCUCCUUGCUGGUCAGCAGUGACCCCCAGACUGCCCGGGCGUCGCUGGUGCUGCAGCAGCGGUCCGUCUGCGCCGAGGUCAACUACACGAGGGAUGCGGUGGAGGCUGCGCUGCAGUGGUCGGGUGGCCAAGAGAUCAGGGGCCGGUGGGUGUUGACCCGAGACCAGGGACUGGGGCACGUCGAAGCCAGCCUGACCACGCCUUUCCCCGGCCUCAGUGCCCAAUCAGCACAACUUAAUUGGCGGCGCAGUGGCGGAGGUCUCAACCUUACGGUACUUUUCCUCAAGGCCUGAUCUGUCUCUCUCAUUCUCGUUAUGUAAUUACACCAUCUCCACGUGCUUGCCUAUUUAA